CCUUAUUUUUUUUUACUGCUGCUUAGCUGUUAUGUACAACAUUGAAGUCACCAUCCCAUCCAAUCUUUUUCAAUAGUUUUUUUCUAUAUUUUUUCUAAAUAAUUCCGAUCUCAUUACCUUCCUUAAAUCUCUUAACUUUGUCCUGGUAAAGCUUUCUUCUUUGUGUUUGACAGUAAAACUCAGUAGCAGCAACACAAAACCCAGCAAAAAAGAAAAAAAAAAGAAAAAUAUUUUUUCAUCAUUUGUUUUAGCUUGAGACAGUGAAAUCUUUGCUCUUCUGAUUAAAUCUUCAAUAAUAAUAAGUACCCAUCUUCAGAUGUAAGGAAAAAAAUCUUGAUUUUCAAUCUGGGUCUUUACCAUUUUGUUAAAGUUCUUAGCUUUUUAAGCUUGUUUUAAUGGUAAAGUAAAUGGGUUCUCUUGAAAAUGGGGUUUUAUUGAAGAAAGAUCAACUUCAGAAUCAUCAUAAUAUUGGGAGAGUUUCUUCUUUCUCAAAACAACAAAGACCCAGAUCGAGAUUUCCAAGGUUUUUGCUUUCUAAAAGGUUAGGGUACCUUCAAUGGAUUUCCACCAUUGUUGUUUUUUCUCUUUUGCUUGUUUUUUUCCAAGCAAAUUUGCCAGGUUCAGUGAUGGAAACACCUGAGAAUUCAACACUUGAUUUGGACAUAGUUGGAGAAGAUUUGAUGUAUUUGAAAGACAUUAUUGGGGAGCUGGAUUUUGGUGAAGAUGUGAAGUUUGAACCUUCAAAAUUGUUGAGUAAAUUCAAGAAGGAAGUUGCAGAAGUGAAUUUGUCUUCUGGGUAUAAAAGAGGGAUAAGAUUUGGUUAUAGGAAACCCAAACUUGCUUUGGUUUUUGCGGAUCUGGCUGUAGAUCCAUACCAGAUACUUAUGGCCACUGUGGGAACUGCUCUGCAAGAAAUUGGAUACUUAAUUGAGGUAUUUUCAAGUGAAGAUGGUCCUGCACAUGCUGUGUGGCAACAUACAGGAGUUCCAGUCACCAUUAUUAAAAUCAAGGAUCGCUGUGGAAGUAGUGUGGAUUGGCUGAACUAUGAUGGGAUACUACUCAACUCACUUGAGGGGAAAGAAAUCCUUUCUUGUUUUAUGCAGGAACCUUUUAAGGCAUUACCACUUAUUUGGACCGUCCAUGAACAGAGUCUUGCAACUCGUGUAAACCAGUACACCGUGAAUGGAACACUUGAAAUUCUGAAUGAUUGGAAAAAGAGCUUCAGCCGUGCUUCUGUGGUGGUGUUUCCAAAUCAUGCCCUUCCGAUGAUUUAUUCAAAAUUUGACACGGGAAACUACUUCGUCAUUCCGGGUUCUCCAACUGAAGUAUGGGAAGCAGAUAGUUUAAUGGCCUUCAACCAAGAGGAGCUCCAUGCCAAGAUGGGUCUUGCUGCUGACGAUUUUGUUGUUGCUCUAGUGGGAAGUCAGUUUAUGUACAAAAGUUUAUGGCUGGAGCAGGCCCUGAUUUUGCAGGCUUUAAAGCCACUUCUCACAGAAUUUCACCUUGAUGAUAGAUCCAGUCCUGGUCUCAAAAUCUUUGUUGUAGCUGGUGAUUCAACUGGUAACUAUAGCAAGGCUUUGGAGGCCGUUUCUGCAAGUCUGAAUUAUCCGAAGGGUAUAGUGAAGCAUGCUGAUCGUGAUGCCAAUGCAGAUGAUGUUCUCAGGAUCGCCGACCUUGUAAUAUAUGGAUCAUUCCUUGAAGAACAAUCAUUUCCAGAUAUAUUGAUAAAAGCCAUGACCUAUGAGAAGCUCAUAAUUGCCCCUAAUCUAUCCAUGAUACAGAAAUAUGUUGAUGACAGGGUGAAUGGCUAUCUUUUCCCAAAGGAGGAUAUUAAGGUCUUAAGUGCAAUUAUAUCCAAAGUUGUCACAAGGGGAAGAUUAUCACCUUUAGCUCACAAUGUUGCUUCAAUUGGGAAGGGAACUGCUAAAAACCUAAAGGUGAUGGAAACUAUUGAAGGGUAUGUGUCACUAUUGGAAAAUAUCCUUAAACUACCAUCAGAAGUUGCUGUCCCAAAGCCUGCUGCUGAAAUUCCUUCCAAAUACAAAAAUGAAUGGCGGUGGAACAUCUUAAAUUUGAUUCCUGAUGCAACAUAUAGACGCAGAAAUGUGAGUAUGUACUUGGACAAAAUUGAGGAGCUGUGGACCCAUAAUAAGACAGAUAUUGCAGUUUCUACAUCUGCAAAGGAUGAUGAUUUUUUAUAUAGCAUUUGGGAAGAACAGAAACAGAUGGACAUUGCAUAUACUAGAAAGAGAAGAGAAGAUGCCGAGCUAAAGGAUAGGUCUGAUCAGCCUCGAGGAACAUGGGAGGAUGUAUAUAGAAAUUCCCGGAAGGCAGAUCAUCUGAAGAACGAUUUGCAUGAAAGAGAUGACGGGGAGCUUGAAAGGACAGGUCAACCAUUGUGUAUAUAUGAACCCUACAUUGGGGAAGGAACCUGGCCUUUUCUGCAUCGCAAACCUCUUUAUCGAGGAAUUGGUCUGGCUGCAAGAGGGCGUAGACGCGGAGCAGAUGAUGUAGAUGCAUCCUCCCGUCUUUCUCUUCUCAGUAAUCCAUAUUACCGUGACGUGCUUGGAGAAUUUGGAGCCUUCUUUGCAAUCGCUAAUCGAGUUGAUCGUGUCCACAAAAAUGCCUGGAUAGGUUUCCAGUCCUGGAGAGCAACAGCUAGAAAGGGAGCAUUGUCCAAGACUGCAGAGAAAGAAUUGCUUAAAGCUAUUGAAUCACGAGAACACGGGGAUACUUUCUACUUUUGGGUUCGGAUGGACUCGGAUCCUAGAAAUCCCUUGAACCAAGAUUUUUGGUCAUUUUGUGAUGCUGUAAAUGCUGGUAAUUGUAGGUCUGCAUUUUCUGAUGCUUUCAAGAAGAUGUAUGGAAUCAAGAAAGAUUGGGAUUCCCUUCCACCUAUGCCUACGGAUGGUGAUACAUGGUCUGUAAUGCACAGCUGGUCCCUACCAACUAAGUCAUUUCUAGAAUUCGUCAUGUUUGCGAGAAUGUUUGUUGAUGCACUGGACGCUCAAAUGUACGAUGACCACCAUCUACAUGGGCACUGUUAUUUGAGCUUAUCCGGAGACAAGCAUUGUUACUCUCGGGUACUUGAGCUGCUUGUAAACGUUUGGGCCUACCACAGUGCUCGACACAUGGUAUAUAUCAACCCCGAGACCGGCAAGAUGCAGGAACAGCAUGGGUUACAAAGCAGGAAAGGUCACAUGUGGGUAAAGUUUUUCUCACUGCGCACUCUCAAAAACAUGGACGAGGACUUGGCUGAGGAAGCCGACUCUGAAGCAACAAAAAGACGGUGGUUGUGGCCUAAAACAGGAGAGAUCUUCUGGCAGGGUGUGUACGAGAAGGAAAAGGAUGAAAGGAAGAAGAUUAAAGCCGAGAGAAAGAGGAAAAACAAGGAGAAAGUGGAGAGGAUAAAAUCCCGAAACUCGAAACAUAUGAAACCCAUAGACAAGUAUGUAAAACCCCCACCAGAGGGAGUGUCAAACACUACUAUUACAAGUAGUACAACUAACAGUACUUCAUCUGUGGCAAGGAGAUAGUAUUAGUUUUUCCUUUCCAGCAUUUAGAUUGGUGCUAAAUUAGGUUAUAGUAAUGAUUGAUUCUUUUUGUAUUAAAAAAGUUUAGCUUAAAGUUCUUUGUUUUGUAAAAUUUUUCCAGAAAAAAGGAUGAAAAAAAUUUGUGAGGCUUUGUUUGUAAA